UUUAUAUAAGUCAUAAACAUCUUUAGAAUAAGGCAAAUGAAUUAUAUUGAAUUUAACCAUUUGAAUUUUCUUUAACGUUAAUUAAUAUAAGAUUGGCAACGCUUUCAUCCUAAUAUGUAUCGCAACGAAUUGAUUACUAACUAGUACGUACUAAACCCCCUUUUUGUCUCUUUCUAACAUUAUCUAUACGGCUGAAAUACUUUACUAAAUCAAAAGGGCGUCUUUCGCGCUUGCUUAGCCUCAACUAACUUCACUUGUGCAGCAUCAUCGUUAGGAGGCGGUAAGCAAAGAAAUCGCUAAUAAACUGUUCCACAUUAGCAAACUGAAACCUUGCCUUUUUUCUUCUUCUUCUGUACUUUCAAUGGUAAAUUGUUACGGUUCUGGAAGCAUCCAAUACAGUCCACUCAUCACAUUUACUACCAGAAUUGUACAUGGUCCAUCGAACCUGGAAAGAACAAGUGAAUCUAUAAAGCUGGGAUCACGUCCACCGCUCUAGUUUAAAAACAAAUUAUUCUAUAACUUCCAUAGAAGACAAUGGGAAAAAGCUCAACAUCUAGCACACCAAAGUGUCGUAUCUGCGAGGAAAGACAUUUCCUAAAACAUUGUCCCAAAUUUCAACGUAUGCCUGUCUCGGAACGACGGAAGGUCAUAAGAGAAAAAGGCUUUUGUUUCAAUUGCCUAUGCACUGCACAUACACGAAGCUGGUGCCCAUCCAGGCAAAAGUGCAUGGUAUGCCAACAAAAUCACCACACUAUGGUUCAUACCGACGACAAAUCCUCUGGAACCAAACAACAAAAUCGGAAUGCCCAUUUUAAGACGAAAGGAAACGGAAGAAGCGAUUCAGCUCUUCGGGAAACACCUGUAGCCUCUAGCCGUCAGAAACACUUAAAUGAGCGUUUGAGCCGACGUCCAACAAUGCACGUUUUCCUUCCUACUGCUCUUGCUCGGAUCGUGACAUCUACUGGUCCAAAAAAAGCGCGAUUGCUGCUUAGCUCUGGAGAAGCUCAGACCGUGGUUUUGAAAGAAUUGGUCGAACGCCUUAAUGUUCGCACUACUAAGCGAGAUGGCAAAGAGUAUUGCUGCUUAAAUCUGGAAUCGUAUCAUGACCCUUUAAUAAAAAUUCAGAUUCAUGGUUUAGUAAAAUCUCAAUUUCACACCGUGCUACCAAAAGCCACUAAUGAGCCAAAACUUAAAGCGUUGUAUGACCAUCUAACCGACCUGGCAGACCCACAUUUUUUUCACCCAUCGAAUAUUGAAAUCAUUGUGGCGAAUGAUCAACUAUCCAAAGUUUUACGAGCUGGCCUAAUCCAAUCGUCUUCCAAUAUGCCACUAGUACAGAGUACCAUCUUUGGCUGGGUCAUCUCAGGUGCUUGUCACUACUGAUUUUGCAGUGUUGCAAGGCGGCCGGCAUGUUGAAGCAACUUCAACAACAUUUUUGCAGUCAUUUUUAUAUAAGUCAUAAACAUCUUUAGAAUAAGGCAAAUGAAUUAUAUUGAAUUUAACCAUUUGAAUUUUCUUUAACGUUAAUUAAUAUAAGAUUGGCAACGCUUUCAUCCUAAUAUGUAUCGCAACGAAUUGAUUACUAACUAGUACGUACUAAACCCCCUUUUUGUCUCUUUCUAACAUUAUCUAUACGGCUGAAAUACUUUACUAAAUCAAAAGGGCGUCUUUCGCGCUUGCUUAGCCUCAACUAACUUCACUUGUGCAGCAUCAUCGUUAGGAGGCGGUAAGCAAAGAAAUCGCUAAUAAACUGUUCCACAUUAGCAAACUGAAA